CAGAGGACAUAGCUUGGAUAAAGGCACCUUGAAUACACUUCAGUUGUCAGAUACAAGCUCUUCCUUAUAGAGAUGUCUGUUUAUUUUCAUUGUGUCAGUGACAACGCCGUGUUAAUCUCACACCCUUGUUAUUAGAAUCGUGGGUCUAUAUCGCACAUAUUUGUGACUUCGACAAAGUGCAACCACUUCAGUCACUUUUAAUUGUGCGGAGCUGUUUGGACAGUCCUGCAUACAUCUUUGUGUCUUCAGACUUUAUGCAUACUUAGCUUCUGGAACGGUCUCUGCUCUGUUUGAGUUUGGCUUUUAUGAAAAACUACCCCGCAACACGUUGAGACAUGCGACUGUCCUGGCUAAUCUUCUUUUUGAACAAUCAAACAAAUCUCUCCGAUGUCUUCUUUAAACAAUCGAGUAAAUCUCUCCUGACAGAUUCCAGGUGUGAAUAUCUGGUUGAAUGUAAAAGUAGAGUACAAUAGAAGAGGAGCAUGUUUGCUUAGUAAGCCAUCCCUCCACAAUACCAACCAAAAAAAAAAGAAGAAGAAGAAAAGGCCAAAUCAUCUGGUAGACUCUGCCAGAACUGCCAGUCUUCAGCUUUUGCCAGGGGAAAAUAGCUUUCCUUGAAAAGUUAUUGAGGAAACUUGAUCAAAAGCUGUGUCCCCCAACUAUUUUCCAAUUUGGCUACAUUUAAGAUUAAAAUUAUACGUUGGUCCAAUAAAAACUUGGUAGUUUCUUUUUGGAUAUGAGCCUAGCCGUUGGUAAAGAAUGUGGAAAAAGCCAGAUAAUUUUAUCAUCUGAAAAUCUAAAGAGCUUUCUGUUGGCAAAGGUGGAAGAAAUGUAUAAUUUUAUCUACAUGUAAUUACAUAAACAUUUUAUUGUAAAAAACAACCAAUCUACAUGUAUUUUUAGAAAAUGUUUUUCGCUCUAACCAAACACUUCUCCUUCCUACUCAGCACUUCGAGGCAUCUCAAUACAACCACAGAAACAUCGGAACUUGCAUACAAACAACUUUGUCUUACCAUAGAACGUUCAAAAAAAAUGUGGCAUAAAAAGGAAUGUUAUAAAAUGAUAUUUUUAACGACACAGAGUAGCUAUAUACUUUUAAAAAUAGAACCGUAGAUUAUCACUCCCUUUUCCCUGCCUUUUGCAGGGUUCUCCAUCAGUUGUGCACUACUACAUGACACCAUUCUUUCUCUCUCAAAAAAAAUAGACAAAGAAAGAUCAAAUUAAACUUGUUUUAGACUGUUAUGCCCUGAAAAUCAGACAAGCAAGGAAUAUUAUUGUUUUUUCAAGAAGAUAUUGUUCUUAUUGCAAAAAUUAAAGCGACAUGAUGUAGUUGUCUUGUCUCUCGCUCUAAUAAACAACCUACUGCAGGAUUUAAUAGGGGGGAAACAUACUAAAUAAAUAGAGAACAUUAGCAUUGUUGCGCUCAAAGUUGCAAAUAAAUCUUUAGAACUUGAGGAAAAAUUAUUUUACUCUAGCUGCAUUCAAUACUAGCCUGGUAACAAACAGCCCCUUUUGCCAUGCUUUUCUUCAUAAAUUGCCAAAUGUAUGAAGACUACAACUCUCAAAAAGCGCAGAAAGUCAAAACUCACAAUUCCUCCUCCCUCUGUUCACUGAUUGGCUGCUUGAAAUUCUUCCUGAGAAAUCCAGCUCAAUGGGAGAAAGCCCAGACAGGGCACUGCAGGAAGGUGAGAAUUGAGGGUGAAUUGUCUGAGAAGGAAAUGGAUAAGCUAAUGCAAGACAUUUGUGUCCAGAUAUUUGAAGGAACGACUGCAACUGUUUUCUUGCUUCUUGAUGUUGGCACACAACUGAACCUACAGCUUGAGGGCGGACAUUGCUUUAAAUAAAAAUGCACAUUGUUUCCAUCUGCUAUUACACACGACACCACGUUUACCGCUACUUUUUGUCUCACACUACGAAAAAUAACAGAAAUAAGAACAAAAUGACUUCAUUCUUUACACAUGAAGGGUUUGGGAUGUUUUGGAUAUUUCAGUAUUGCCAAACUAUUCACCCGUCCUAACAGUAGCAUUGUAUGAUAUUCUAAUAAGUGGUACUCUGUGACGGUUGACCUUGCUGCCAGGAUUUAGGAGUCUAACUCCAAAAAAAUAAAACAGAUCAUUUAAUCUUUUUAAUGUAUUAUGCACUUUUGUCCUCAUUUUUUUGCACUGUUGCACUCUUUAUAUUCUUUUAGGAGGAAGCCAAAGAGAUGGGAAGGUCAGUUGUGUUUUCUAAAGAACCACAGAUCUCUGGCCAAAGAGCCCAGGCCAAGUCUGAAAGACAGAUUUCUAUCCAUUGUCUGCCAUAAAGCCAGUCAUCCUCAGCCCUGUCGUCUAUUCAUGCAGGAGCAUUCUUCUCCCACUCGUUCCCUGUUUUCAUUAUUAGGAUUAAGUACCUCGCUGUCAGAAAGAAAAAACAGAGUUUGUCUUCUCCCUACCCAUCUGCCCGAAUAAGAUCUGCAGAGCUUCUGAAAUGCAUAUCCAGCUGAGUAUCUCUGGAAACCCAAUGAAACCGCUCUGAGUGGGGGGAGCAAUGAGAAGCUUUUGUACAGCACAGCCAAGACCGUUGGAGAAUCUUGGAGCUUUUCUGAAAGGUUUACCUUGUGACGUAACAUGACUUUCUAAAUAUGAAUCGGAAGGCCAGGAAAAAAAAAAAAAAAAGAAAGAACUUGCCUCUCUCUCACUCUCCCAAGCUAAUUAGCAAAGUGAGUCAUUUCUCAUUUCCAGCAGGUUAUGGCAUGCGACAAACAGCUCCGCUGCCCUGUUUGGGCAGCGACUUUGUUGGCUCAUCAGAGAAGAAGGCAUCAUUGUCCGCCAGACAAUUGACUAAACCCAUUUCUCAUCUUUGACUGUUUAAAUGAAGCUGUUGCCGCUUUUCAGCCUCUCACAAUGAUGGAUGGUGCAGAACUUGAUCAAAUAAUCACAACAAACAUCUCCAGGCUCAUCUGGCGAGUUUGCUUUAACUCACUCGUGCGACGGUUUCGUGGACAAUCCAGAGGGAAUCCUUCUGAAGGAUUUUCUCCGCUGCUAUAUAUACCAAAUCGUUGAGAGUUUCCUGAAGCAAAGUGGUCCGUGACAAUAACUUCAUUGUGAUUGCCUGAAGUGAGAGAUGAGAGCGGGGGACCCCUCUCCUCUACAUCAUUCAGACCUCUAAAAGAAGAAGAAGCGCAGUGGGGACGUCUGCAUGGGGAGGGUGUGACUGGACCGACCAUGAGAAUUUCCAGAGAUGGAUGAGAGUGGCUUGAGAGGAAGCAGGGUUAAUCUUUAACUCCUGACUCACCAACAAGACAUGAGGGAUUUUUAGCUGCUUUUAAAUACGUCACAGGAGGGAGGCUGUAAGUUAGGUGUGGAAACGUUGCCAGUGAGAAACAAUUUUAAGUUUGGUAAAAUUAUUCUCUGCACAAAUCUAAUAACUGCCCAUGAGAUAGUUUUUAUGCUACGUUCGAUUUAUCUCCGAUAUGAAAAAUGGAUCUGGGAACAGUUACCACAAUAAAGUUUACUGUAUAGUUGUUGCCGCAAGUUGCCAACUGCUAGUUGCUAGAGCUAUCAUUAGUGCUAGAAUGCAAGGGGAUAGUAGCAAAUAUUUCAUGAUGUUAGGCUUUAAAUCAAUCAUGUAGUCUUUGUGUAAAAAGGAUCUAUGCUAAAAGUCUUUGAGUAUUCUUUGCACGCAGAACCAUGAGUAAACAAUCUGUUUCUGUUCCUAAGAUAAUGGAGCAGAUGGGCUAAACGCACUAUAAGCAUGACCCUAAUAUAAUCAGCGGCUGAAUACAAAUUAAUGGAAAACUGGGAGAGCAAAUCAUCUCUAACUCAUUAGUCUGGACUCUCACAGAGACAGAGAAAACCACAACAUGCAACUGUUUUGCAUCAGUACAAUGAGUUUCAUAUAGAUGAAUGUGUCAGGGAAAGACAAUGAAAUAAAGAUAACGUUUCCUGUAAGCAGCACAAAAUACUGCAAAUUCAAGCACUUAAGCUGGUAUGACGAAAGUGAACAUUUGUCUAGUAAAAGAUUUUAAAAGUUAGAGACUAAAAGAGAAGACAUGUCAUCAGCAAUCAUGCAGCCCAGUGCGGUGCUGCUGGCUGCAGGGCCUGGUGUUAUGCCGGUGGAGGAAGGGAAUGCGGAGAUAGAGACGAUGGGUGAGGGGGGUGUUGAUUCUGAAGUGUGUGUGUGUGUGUGUGACUGCGAGAGACACUGAAGUGCAGAGACAGGCGAUUUGCUCUUUAGGGCAGGAAUAAGGGAGGGGCUGACAAGGCUUGGCUGCCCCAAGAGCACACAGUCAGAGAGGGAUCAGAGAUACAGCAGAUAGAGACGUCACCUCUCUGCCCUCGCUGCUCCCUUACUGGACUUGGAAGCAUUUAGACUGCCAAAUGGGUUUCUCCUCCGACUGCUUCGGAGCUGUUCUCUGAGCGUCGUGAUAGCUUAAGUUGACUUUUAAAAGAAGAAGGCUGGAAGGAAGGGUUGUUUUCUGACUGAUCCGGAUCCGAUUAGAGGAUGGAUGCGUGCUGCAGGAAGGUGGCCAGAGCUGGGAAACUGAAUGACAUUUUUUGAAGUUUGUCUCAGUUUUGUGCAACAGUGGAGAGAGACAGAUGCUUUCAGCAGAGUGCAAGUGGUCUCAUUUAAGCUGUCAAGUCUCCUGAGCAUCUCCUAAAAUUAUUGGUCUUUUAGUUAACUCCCUCAAACUGUCAGAAAGCAACGAUCUCCAUCUCUGAGCUUAUAUAAUAAACUUCCCACCGGAGCGCGAUGAACCUUGAGCGCAGCGACAGAAGGGAGCGUCCCGCACCCCGAGGGCCAGAGAUGGAGGCUCGCUUGGGGGGGAAAGUGGGGAAGAUCAUGUCUGUGGGCUUCCAGAGGAGCUCCACCUCAGAUGACGACUCUGGCUGUGUGCUCGAGGAGUACGCCUGGGUGCCGCCGGGACUCAGGCCUGAACAGGUCCAGAUGUAUUUCGCCUGUCUGCCAGAAGACAAAGUGCCGUACGUGAACAGCCCGGGAGAGAAACACCGGAUCAGACAGCUCCUCUACCAGCUCCCGCCACACGACAACGAGUUGCGCUACUGCCAGUCGUUAUCGGAGGAGGAAAUGAGGGAGCUUCAAAUAUUCAGCACCCAAAGAAAGAGGGAGGCGCUGGGGAGAGGGACGCCAAAGAUCCUCCCUAGAGCCCUGCAACACACUCGCUGUGAAAACUGUUGCGGCGGCAUUAAUGGAGGGGAGAUGGCCAUUUUUGCCUCCAGAGCAGGUCCGGGUCCCUGUUGGCACCCGGCAUGCUUUGCAUGCUCCAUGUGCCAGGAGCUUCUGGUGGAUCUCAUCUAUUUCUACCAAAAUGGCAAGAUCUUCUGCGGGAGACACCACGCAGAGCUCAUGAAACCUCGAUGCUCUUCUUGUGAUGAGAUCAUCUUUGCAGAUGAAUGCACCGAGGCUGAGGGACGCCACUGGCACAUGAAGCACUUUGCCUGUUUUGAGUGUGGGACUAUGCUAGGUGGACAGCGGUACAUCAUGAAAAAUGGACGGCCCUACUGCUGUGGGUGCUUUGAGUCACUGUAUGCAGAGUACUGUGAGGCAUGUGGUGAAAACAUUGGUGUUGACCAUGCCCAGAUGACCUACGAAGGCGUUCAUUGGCACGCCACAGACCAGUGCUUCUGUUGUGCCCAGUGCAAGACAUCUUUGCUGGGUUGUCCCUUCUUACCCAAACAAGGGCGCAUCUAUUGCUCAAAGGGCUGCAGCCAGGGGGAAGAUGUACAUGCCUCAGACUCAUCAGAUUCUGCUUUCCAGUCAGCCCGCUCUCGCGAAUCCCGACGGAGCGUCCGCAUGGGGAAAAGCAGUAGGCCCGCUGAACAGUGGCGACAGUCACAGCUGUUUAGCCCUCCUACUAUAGUCACCUCUUAUGAGCACAGGUUUGGGGAGGGUGAAGAGGACAGAGAUGGUGAUAGGGACAUUGAUAUAGUGGGGAGCAAGCUAACGCGUCUUGGUCUGGAGGAGGAGAGAUUCUGGAGGGAGCGGGAGGAACAGGACGCCGGUGGAGAGGAGGAUCCAGAGGAGUGGGCUCAGCAUGAGGACUAUAUGACUCAGCUCCUGCUCAAGUUUGGUGACCAUAGCAUGCUGCACCAAAAUCAACCACCGUCCCUAAAAUCACCGAGCCCCAACAGUGACUCAACGCAGGUAAUAAGUACAUCAGAUCCCUGGCUGAAGUCCGAUUCAAAAUCUGUGGGUCUUAACCCCUCAUCCCCCGCCCCUAACAGUCCCACCCAGAGCCAGACUUCUGAUCAGUCUCGAGCCAAUAGCCUCAGUCCAGGCUUGAUGGAUAAAAAGCAUCUACCUGAAAUGUACUGGGCCCAGUCACAGGACGGCCUCGGAGACUCGGCAUAUGGAAGCCAUCCAGGUCCUGCCAGUGCAAGAAAGAUACAAGAGCUAGAGUAUGACCAAGAUCAGGAGCAGUCUGGAGUAGGAAAGCAGGCUUUUUGGCCAGAUACCAGGGAGUGGUACGAGGACUCCCUGGAGUGUAUUGCUGAUGAGCUAAGGAAGGCUGAAAAGGGUGUUGGAGACUCCAUGGAUUCCCUUGCUUUGUCAAACAUCACUGGUGCAUCAGUGGAUGGGGAUGCACCCACACUCUACAACCUUCAUGGCAUCCAGGAUUCUUCCAUGACUGUCGAGUGUGAGAAAAUGAGCAACAUGGGUACAUUUAAUUCUUCCCACAUACACCACAGUGCAAACUCCCUUAGUCUCAACAUGGAAAGGAGAGUUGAGGAGGCAGAGAAUGGGAUUGGGCUUGGAAUGAGGGUUGGUGCUCCCACAGGACUUCACGCAACAUCUCCUCAUUCAGAGGGCCUCCCUGGAUCUUUUGUUCAAGCUCCGGCUCUAAGGAGAAGCAAGUCACAAUCCAGGCCUCCUCAAGUGGUCAAGUUCUCAGAGGACACAGUGGACAAUGGAUAUAAUGAUGGAUUUGAGGUUAGUGUUAUGAAACAUCCCAUGAGUGAGAAGCCACAAAGGAGAGUGUACUGCCCAGAUGAACCUGUCAGAGCAAGAAGCCACUCAACAAGCCACCACGGCAGAAGCAGGCCCCAACACCACCGACCGGGCCGGCGCCACAGGAGCCGCAAAACUCGCUCGGACAACGCGCUUCACAUGGUACCUGUAGACAGAGCGCAGAGGCUGUUUGAGCAUCAGCAGCAGGGUAUAGUAAGUCCACCAUAUGGUGCGAUGCGUCUUCAGAACCCUGCACACAUGCUGCCGUUGGCCUACUCCCAAACCCGAUCUGACUAUAUGUUCCGUAGCUCAGACCAGAAUGACCCACGGUUUGAACAUUUCAUGGGUCUCCACAGAGAUGAGGACGACUGGUGCUCAACCUGCUCCUCAUCAUCAUCAGACUCUGAGGAAGAGGGUUAUUUUCUUGGCCAACCAAUCCCACAACCUCGAGCGGUUGGGCGCUACUAUGCAGAAGACUACCCAACAAGAGUGACCGCGCUCACGGCCCUCAGCCACAGCUCACAGACUGGUUGCAGAAAGGGCCAUAGCUCCAAAAACUGUAUCCUUUCUUAGCGAACCAAGCCAUUAAUCUUAUGAAGUGCACUACGCAAAGCAAUAUGGUGAAGAUUUUCAGUUAGGUCUGUCAUAUUAUGUAAAGAGGCCAUUACUGACCUGUUUAGACACUUAUUACGUGUAUGCAAAGCUGGUUAAAAUGUUCAACAUUGAUAGGAUUUGAAUACCAGUGAAAGUUUGGAAUUUCACCAAGAGAGGAUUUUAUGUUCAGUCAAUAGUUUUGCAAUGGUAAAUAUGGUAUAUGGUAAAAACAUCCCCCCUGAGUUUAACAAUGCAAGUAAAGCCAAGAAACUAACCAAAUAACUAUUUAAUGUUUACUAAGACAACAUAAAAAUGUAAAUAAUAAGUUAAAAUUUCAGUUCUAGUAUUUUAUACUCAUUUAAAAGUGUAAACAUUGUUUUGCUUGAGAGAAGAAUCACCAAGUUGUCCACAGAAAAAGCCCACAUUAUUCCUGUUUGAUGUUUGCAACACCUUCCACAUUAUGUAAUCACAAACCAGUACAGAACUGGCAGCAGCACACCUGUAUUUGCACCUGACUACAAGCAUUGCUCUAAGAUAACCAACGUACGCUCUGUGAUGUAAAGGUGCUUGCAAUAAAUAUUUUCUCUCCAAUUGCUCAA